CACAAACUCAAAAACAAAACCAAUAUUGCACCAAGUUAGCUCCCAUCUUUUUGUAAUAAACAACCAUUUUCAUAACCUUCCAUUUAUAGACUCUCCACCUUAUAUAUUACAUUGAUACACUACUUUCCUUGUUGUCUAUGACCAAAACCCACCUAAAUUCAGUAACCAGAUACCAUAUAGAUCUGUGUUAGUUUUCGGAAAAUGGGUACAACAGAGAGAUCAAGAAAGAAGGUUCAACUAUGGAAGAAAGCUGCUGUCCAUUUUGCUUUGUGUUUUGUUAUGGGAUUCUUUACAGGCUUUGCUCCAACGUUUAAACCUUCCAUCUUGUCUAAACCUGCUGUGAGUUCAUCAAAGAAAAUAGAGUUUUCGCCUCAACCAGUAGAACCGCCGCAACAAGUCGCAAAUUUCAAUAGAAGUUUGAUAGCGGAAGCAGAAAAUUUGGCAAUGGCAGCAUCCUCCCCUCCAAAUUCUGAAGAAACCUACUUCGAAUCCGAAAGGAGGAUGUCAGAAGAUGAAGAAGAAGAAGUGAAAGAACCCAAUUUGACACCAAGAAGGUUUAUUAUCAUAGUCACACCGACAAGCACCAAAAACCCACUAAAAUGUGUGUUUCUGAGAAGAUUGGCAAAUACCAUAAAGUUGGUUCCUCAGCCAUUGUUGUGGAUUGUGGUGGAAGGGAAGACCGAGUCGAAUGAGGUUUCUGAAGUGCUUAGGAAAACAGGUGUUAUGUAUAGGCAUUUGGUUUUCAGAGAGAACUUCACAGAUACUGAGGCUGAAAUGGAUCAUCAGAGGAAUGUUGCUCUUAAGCACAUUGAGCAGCACAAGCUUAGUGGGAUUGUUCACUUUGCUGGGCUUUCCAAUGUUUAUGAUCUUGGCUUCUUUGAUCAGCUCAGAGAAAUUGAAGUGUUUGGGACAUGGCCAAUGGCGCUACUAGCAGCAAACAAGAAAAAAGUGAUCAUUGAAGGGCCUGUAUGUGAUUCUUCACAAGUGAUAGGAUGGCAUAUCCUAAGGAAAAUGAACAAUACUGAUCAAACAGAUGAUACUAAUAGACUUCGCAUUCAUAUUUCAAGCUUUGCAUUCAAUAGCUCAAUUCUUUGGGACCCUGAAAGAUGGGGUCGCACUUCAUCACUUCAAAGCACCUCUCAGAAUUCAAUGAAAUUUGUAAAGCAAGUGGUUCUUGAAGAUGAGACAAAACUAAAGGGAAUCCCACCAGAAGACUGCUCAAAGAUCAUGCUUUGGUCUCUUCAUUAAGUCACACCAAACAAUCAAUGAAAAGGGAAAUUCAAUUACCAAAAAAAAAAAAAAAAUUCAAUCUUUUGAUUCUAUUUUUUCAAGUAGUUUUUAUAAUUUUAUUAAUUCUCUUAUUUUCUUCUCAUUUUCUAAAUUUUUGAUAUAGAUAUGAUAUCAUGAGUACCUUCUGGUUAUCUGAAUGUAGAUGAAAUCACUAAAUUCAUGUUGUACAAGUUACUUUUGUUACACUUUAUAGAAACAUGCAAAGAAAGAGGAUCAUUCAUCUAUUGUCUCUUUUCUUUUAUAAUUAGACAUCUUUUGUCAGCGAUAAGAAUUGAAAUGCAUU